AUGGCCCUGUGCUACCCCAUGGCUGUGGGCCUCAACAAGGGCCACAAAGUGACGAAGAACGUCAGCAAGCCGAGGCACAGCCAGCGCCUCACCAAGCACACCAAGUUCGUGCGGGACAUGAUCAGGGAGGUGUGCGGCUUCGCGCCCUAUGAGUGGCGCGCCAUGGAGCUGCUCAAGGUGUCCAAGGACAAGCGCGCGAUCAAGUUCAUCAAGAAGUGGGUGGGCACACACAUCCGGGCCAGGAGGAGCUUAGCAACGUGCUGGCAGCCAUGA